AUGAAGGUAAAUCGCAAGACUGGAAAAGAUAGAUUAGAUAAAUACUAUCAUUUGGCCAAGGAACAUGGAUAUAGGUCCCGUUCCGCGUUCAAGAUCAUACAGUUGGCUAAAAAAUUCAAUUUUUUCGAGAACUGCAAUGUUGUGGUCGAUCUCUGUGCUGCUCCAGGUGGAUGGCUCCAAGUAGCUUCCAAACAACUUCCUGUGUCAAGUACCAUUAUUGGUGUUGAUUUAGUACAGAUUAAGCCUAUAAAGGGGGUUUUAACAUUUCAGGCGGACAUAAGGACCGCAAAAUGUCGUUCCAUGAUAAUGAACCACCUUAAGGGUGCUGAGGUAGACCUUGUUCUCCAUGAUGGAGCACCAAAUAUGGGAUGCAACUGGAAUAUGGAUGCAUUUAAUCAAAAUGUACUAGUUUUGGACGCUGCAAAGUUAGCUUCUAGCAUUCUAAAGAAAGGAGGAAUAUUUGUUACGAAGAUAUUUAGGUCGGCAGAUUAUAAUUCACUGAUAUGGAUGUUGAGUAAUUGUUUCGAUAAGGUAAAGGUAACAAAGCCUCAAAGUAGUAGGAAUGUUUCUGCCGAAAUUUUUGCAGUUUGCAUAGGAUUUAAAUCUCUGAAAGGACUUGAUCCUCGGCUUUUUAAUUGUGACUAUGUUUUUCUCUCGGAGAGACAAACUCACGCUGAGGAUAAUGCUAAAAAGUCAUUGAAUCAGUUGAUAAAGGAAAAAUCCAAGGCUCGCAAAGAAGGCUAUGAAGCGGGUGAUUUUUGUGAGCAUACCAUUUUGGAAUUUUUGAGAUCUGACAAUCCGGCCAAUCUUUUAGUUUCAGCUAGUCGCCUUGUCUUUAGGUCUAAAGACAGUGAAGAUUCCGAUAUUUUGGACAUUAUUCAGAAUGAUCCUAUUACUACUGACGAGAUUAAGCUGUUAUGUUCCGAUAUACAGGUUGCUGGAAAGGCUGACUUACAAUCUAUUUUGAAGUGGCGCACGAAGAUUUUAAAGCAUCUUCCUAAUUUUAUGCCAGAGAAGGCUGUAGAUAAGCCAGACAUGAAUAAUAUUGAGCUAGAUGAGGAAUCUCUAAUUGAAUUGGAGAAGCAAAAACUAAGUGAUAUUGUAGAAACAAAUAGGAAGCGUGCAGAACGAAAGCAAAGGAAACUAUUAAAAAAGAGGAAAUCUGUUGGAAAGUCUGCCGCAAUUGUUGGUGUGGAUCCAGAACUUUUCCAAUUUUCAUCCUUGAGCGGUAACAGACCGGAGGAUAUCCCAUAUUCUGAGUCUUCGUCUUCAGUUGAAGAGAUAGAACUUGAAGAAAGUGAAUUAAGUAGUGAUGAUGAGGCGAAUAAAAUUUUGAAGAUGGAUAUAGAUUUAGAGGUGCAACAUUCGCUAAACAAGGCGAACGAAGAAGAUAAACAAAAAAAACACUCCAAUCUCACCAGACGACAGAAAGUAAACAUGGAAAAAUCUUUAGAGCUUACUAAUUUCAUUGAUCAUAUGCAGUAUCAAGCUCGUAUAGAUGCCUCUGAGGCAAAGCAGGAUUCCGAUGAUGAACCUGACAGAUCCGAAUUAAUUUCAGAGCGUUGGUUUGAUCAAGAUAUUUUUAAUGAGGAUAUUGAAACAGUAAAUGUUUCAAAGAGAAGAAAAAGUGAUCCCAAAGAUGAUUUUGUGAUUGUACCAGCUAUAUCUAAUGCCGAAAUAGAGGCAAGUAAGAGAGAUGAAUUUGACGACCUUUCUAAGGAUAGCCAAACUGUAGAACAAAUUCAAGCACUGGGAUCCUUAAUGAUUAAUAAAAAGACGAGAAUGUCUUUAAUCGAUGGUACAUAUAACAAACGAACUUUUGAUGAUGGUGAACUCCCGAGUUGGUUCAUUGAAGAUGAAAACAAACAUAAUAAGCAAGAACUCCCAAUUUCCAAAGAUUUAAUGAAGAAAUACAAGGCAAAAUUGCUUGAGAUCAAAAAUAGACCGAUCAGAAAGGUCUUGGAAGCAAAGGCAAGAAAGAAGAUGCGUGCUGAUAAAAAGAUUAAAGGUAUACUUCCAAGGAUAGAAUCGAUGUCUAAUGAUAUAACUAAGGCAGGGAAUGCCAGGAAAUUGAUCAAAAAAGUUAAGAACAUCUCUUCCGAUAAACGUGAAAAAGUUUAUGUGGUCUCUAGAGGGAUUGGUCGAACCAAAACUUCAAAGCCCUCUAAAUCUGGUUCUAGAAAAAUAUACAAGGUUGUAGACAAGAGACUUAAGAAAGAUAAACGAAAUUCGAAGGAAGCGGCCAAAGGAAGAAGCAAGAGAAAAUCGCGCAAGGCCCGCUUGCAUUAG